AUGUCUGAACUAUUGAAUACCUUGAAUAAUGAAUACCCUAAGUUGUUCACAGAUGAAACUCUUACUGCAUCUUUAUCAAAAAAAUGCUUAGAUGAUACUCAGGAAUUUAAGACUCAAUUAAGAAAAAUGAAGGCUCACUGGAAUAAAUAUUUACAAGAUUUAGAGAAUAAUUCAGAUGAUAAGAAGUUAUCCAAAAAAAGAUCUUUAGUCAUAGACAAAUUAAGUAAAGUUCAUCAACAAUGGGAUUCAAAUAUUCAUAAAAACGUGAAAUUAUCAUCAAACCAAUAUUCAAAAUUUAAUAGAAAUAUAAUGAAAGAAUUACGUCAAUUCGACUUAGAUGAAGUAUAUGUCAAUAAAAUCUCGAAAGAUGCAAAACCUUAUAUCGAUAAAGCUAUAGGUUUCCAUAUUUCUAGAUAUGGCUUGAGUAAUAUUUCAAUCAAGGAUACUGAUGAAAUGGUUAACUACAUUAAUGAAAUUUAUGGGGUCGAUACAAAAAUUGCAGGCAUGUACAUUUCAAUGGGGCAAAUUAUACAGGAUUUAAAAAAUUAUGAUACUAAAAGCUGUAUAGAUUGGUGCCAAAAUGGCACAGAUUUGCAUUUUGAAUUAUUCGUUUUAAAUAUAAUGAUCCUAGUUAAACGUAAUGACGCUUUAGAAAUUUAUGAUUAUAUGAAAAAUGGUAUACCAACAACUUUGUUUGAAAAUAAAAUAAAUAAGGUCAUGACAAAACUAUCUCCUUUAAUAACGAAGGUUUAUAUUAAACAAAGAGUGGAGAAUAUUGAAGAAUUAAUUUAUGAGCAAUCUAGAAAAUGUAUAUCAAUCUUUUCAAAGGAUUAUUGUCAAGCGGAUAAAUUGCCAUUCGAUUCCUCAUUAUUUUUAAUUGUAUUAAGUGGUAUAAUAUCCUUCCAAUUCUUCUUCAAAUACAAAAAUAUUAGAUCAUCCUUAAAUGUAGAUUGGACAACCAAGGAUGAAUUACCUUUUGAUGUUAAAUUACCAAAAUUAUUAUCUAAUUUCCAUCCGAUAUUCAUAUGCCCAGUUCUUAAAGAGGAAACUACAGAAGAUAACCCUCCUUAUUCAUUGCCAUGCCAUCAUAUCAUAUCUAAAAAAGCGUUAGAUAAACUGUCUAAAAAUGGUACAACUUCAUUCAAGUGUCCAUAUUGUCCUGUAAAUGCCAUGAUAGCUAAAACUAGAAAGGUAAAUUUUAUAAUGAUAUAG